CUAAUUUAUUUUUGUCGACUUUUAUAUCCCUGCAUAAUCACACAUUUUUUCUUUUUGCCGAUCGGCCGUAAUCGCCCGCCAUGCAGGGGUUGCAAAUCGACGAAUUGAAAACCCCUCACGCCAUUCUCACGAAACGCCUCAUUCAUUUUUCUUUCCUCCAACCUUUCCGUUAUUGCCCUAUCUGUCCACGUAUUUGCUCGGAAUCCCUCCGGAUUACUUCUCAUUGAUUUUCAACUUGCGUUUCAGUUCUGUUGAUAACAAUAUCUCUCACUAUGCGAGGACAUCAAGUGUCUCUCCGUAUCGCCCUCCCUGGCCCCCAUCAUACAGCUUGGCUGCCGACCAUCUGCUACGCAAUCUCUCUAACCACUACGACAUAUACGUUGGGAAUUUCUCAGCAGUUACUACAUUUGAUUCAAGGCCUGCUAUCCAAUUCGAACAACGAAAAUAAACUACUUACAGGUGCAUCGGCUUAUUUGUCUUCAGUGUUUUACUGGAUAUUGAUGUUGUUUCACUUUCUCGCCUUCAUGUUCCUAGUGUGGUCUACUAUUGCGUCAGUCGAGCCAAAAGCAACGACGGAGCAAAGGCCAGAGAUCGAUAAGGCCGAUGACCCACUUUUCGAAGAGAUACUAGAUGCCUCGGGCGAUGAUGAAUGCAAUAACCAAGAACAUAAUCAACUUGUGCUGGCGGGACAAACGCCAGAACAUGAUUCUGACGAAUCAUUGUCUUAUGAAACCGAAUCCGCUGAAGCCCAGUCAGCCAAAACUCAAACGCAGUCCAGAUGUCAACAUCCCCUGUCCCUCGAAAGAUCAAAUGGAGCCCCGAUGCAACGCAACAAUUCUGAAGAUCUACCAUCAGACACUGAUACAGAAGAUUCUGUGACCUUCUGUGGAAAUAUUCCAUAUCUGCCACUAGUCCCGCUGAAUAUCAAACAGGCUCUCGCAUUGGAUCAGGUCGGAAAGGCUCUCAAUUCAGUCACAGAUUUGAGCAAGUACAGAACGAACAACGAGAUAUACAGAUAACUACUUAGAUAUAC